CUCAUCUCUCUAAUCCGCAACUAGGGUUUUAGCUUUCUUCUACGAAGGCAGGCGUCUCUGGUAGUGUUCGAUUCUCCCAAAGCCUCCAGCGAAAAUGGUGAAGGGACGCCAAGGAGAGCGUAUAAGGCUUUAUGUCAGAGGAACCAUUCUCGGCUACAAAAGGUCGAAAUCGAAUCAGUACCCAAACACUUCGUUGAUUCAGAUCGAAGGAGUGAACACAAAGGAGGAGGUAGAUUGGUACAGAGGUAAGAGGAUGGCGUACAUCUACAAGGCUAAGGUGAAGAAGAAUGGAUCGCAGUAUCGUUGUAUUUGGGGAAAGGUCUCUAGGCCUCACGGUAACAGUGGUGUUGUUCGAGCUAAGUUCAAGUCCAAUCUCCCUCCCAGAUCCAUGGGAGCUAGGGUUAGGGUUUUCAUGUACCCCAGCAACAUAUGAGAUGUCUAUCUUCUUUCCCUUUCAGUGUCUCUAGGAUCGUGCAGAUUGUUGUCAGUGAUAUCAGAAGGAUUUGAAUGCCAAAUUGAGAUCAUUGGUGACUUUGAGGCACCUGCAUUUUAAUUAAUCGUUACAGAUAAGACUUGAAAGUAUCUUGUGUUUUCUGGAGCUGGAGUUUGUUUGGCAUCAUUUUUGUUUGUUUAGUAUCAAUGAUAGAACCUUUGAAAGAUGACUCUUUUAAACUAUUUGGAUUUAUGCAACCAUUUGUUAUUUGAAUUGUGCAGUCUAAUCACCGUCAAAUUGAUUGAA